AUGUUUUUAAAACACAUCGACCUCACGACCGCUCUCCGGCCUUCCUACUUACCGGAUGAAGUAUUGUUGUUCGUUCAGGACAAUGUUGGGCUUUAUGAGGGAAAGUUCAAGCUCCCUCAACAACAAAAUGGUCAGGUCUACCUGACCUCUCACCGAAUUUGUUACGUCGAUAAGGACGAGCCGCGUAAGCACUCUGUCGCCCUAGAUCUCAAAGAUAUCGAUCGGUACGAAUUCUACUCCGGGUUCCUCAAGUCUUCUGCGAAGAUCACCCUGAUACCUAAACCGCUGAAGCGCUCGUCGCUACAGACAAGAGCGUCCGCGAUAUCAUCUCCCGGGAGACCUGGCGCUGGGUCUCCAGCUCGAUCCGACAGCCCUUAUCGACCGCCUCCCGAACCGGCGAGCGCUGCCACCUGGGUCUGCACCAUUUGCAGCUUUUCCAACCCAGUACCGUCCAACUUUGACCCGACGACGGCCAACAUCCAUACUCCUUUACCGCCAUGCCUUGCUUGUGGCAUCAAACCGACGUUAGCCCACGUGCUAAAGGCCUCCAUCUCCAACGCGACCAGUCGUACCCCGGUGGCCCCGUCGAGCCCCACAGUCAGCUCUCUGACGACGCACCCGCGAUCUACGUCGACUAGACCAGAUGACACAGGGUCCCUGCCCCCGUGGCCCGCCGCUUCGAACAUCAACGGCGGCCCGCAGAAGCCUGCUGAUCCGAGCGCGACCUUCCAGUGCCCCCGAUGCACGUUUUUGAACCAUCCCUCUCUGCUUUCAUGCGAGAUGUGCGGGGCGUCUCUGAUAUCGCAAGACCUCUCCCAAACAAAACCGCACGAGCAGGCGCAACGAACAGAGUCGCCAGGGCCGGUCUCGAACUCGCUCGCGCCGGGCCAGGAUACUGCCGAGAACAUAAAGAUUUCCUUCCGCGGCGGCGGGGAAAAGAUAUUCUACGAGCGACUGAAAGGGGCCUUGACUCAGAGGAAGUGGCUGCUGCAGGGGGCGCCGCCCGUCCCCAAGAGCAACCGGACGAUUGACGACAAUGGUGCCAUAGUACGGACGCCCUCGACCGCUCCCGAGCGUCCCAAGGGUGUUGGUAUCGCCGGGUUGGAGCAGCGCGGGCUUGACAUGCGCAAGAAUAAUGAGGUGAUGAUCGGCAGCGCUUUUGAGGACCUGGACGCCCUCAUGGCGUCGGCGAAGGAGAUCGUGGCCCUUGCCGAGCGUUUCGCAAGACAGAACGGCGGAAGCGGCGCCGAGGCCAACGCACUCUUGGCCGAGUCGGCAAGCCAGCUCGGGCUUGUGACCACCAAGGACAUUGUUGGCGGCAGCAGCUCCGAGAGCUUGUACCUGUCUGAACUGUCAAGGAACCUGGCAGAGUUUCUCACGGACGAUGCUCGUGGCGUCCUGAAGAAGGCCGGCGGAAUCAUUAACCUGGUCGACCUGUGGGCCAUGUUCAACCGUGCCCGGGGCGGCGUCGAGCUCGUAAGCCCCAUGGAUUUUGAGAAGGCUGCGCAGAUGUGGGAGAGGCUCAAGCUCCCCGUCCGGCUGCGCAAAUUCAAGAGCGGCGUGCUGGUCGUCCAGAGCAGCGAGCGCACCGACGAGACGACGAUCAAGGCACUGGUCUCCUGGCUGGACGACCUGCACGAGUUCCCGCCAGAGAAGGAGCUGGCGUGGGACUGGCGACAGUUUGGCCGCGGCGUGACGGCGCGGGACGCGGCUGAGCGGUUCGGCUGGAGUAUCGGCGUGGCCGAGGAGGAGCUGGAGAUGGCGGAGGAGAGGGGGGUGCUCUGUCGCGAGGACGGCAUCGAGGGCCUCAAGUUCUGGAAGAACUACAUUGACACGGGGGACACGAACCACCGCAGGCGCAGGAAGCAUCGCGAAGAGGACGAGGUGAUCAGGGCGCUACGGGAGAGCGGGCUGAUGUGA